AUGGCUUACAAAGCUUCCUCUUUCCUUGCACUUCUUCUCAUUGCGAAUGUACUGCUUAGUACUACUUGCCAAGCACGCAACAGUAUUCCAAGAAACUCAAACACUGAUGACAAGAAAGAGCCUCAAUUCUUUUUCCAUUUUGAUGGGAUUCCCGGCUUCGGGCGAGGAGGGUUGCCACCUUUGUUUGGUUCAACACCUCAAAGUCCAUCCAAUGGCGGAGGAGAAGGAGCAGGAGUAGGAUCAGAAUCAGGACCAGGAUCAGCGCCACCUAGUGGACAUUAUGUUCCAGGGGGUGAUGACACCUUUGUCCCAAAUCCUGGUAACGAGGUUCCGAUACCAGGAAGUGGCGGUGCGGUUCCAGUUCCAGCUGCAAUUCAUCCUUGA